AAACGGACAAGAAAGUCGAGAUGGUCGUCAUUUUCAAGUCUCCCUGCUGUAUCGUCACCUCCCAGUACGGCUGGACCGCCAACAUGGAGCGUAUCAUGAAGAAGGCUCAGGCUUUGAGGGAUACCUCCACCAUGGAUUACAUGGCCGCCAAGAAGCACUUGGAAAUCAACUUCGACCAUCCCAUCGUCGAAGCCCUGCGCGUCAAAGCAGAGGCUGACAAGAACGACAAAGCCGUCAAGGAUUUGUUCAUGUUGCUGUUUGAAACCUCUCUGCUGUCAUCUGGUUUCUCCCUGGAAGAGCCAGACGUCCAUGCUUCUCGCAUCUACCGCAUGAUCAAAUUGGGUUUGGGUAUCGAUGAAGAUGAUGUCCCUGCUGGUGGUGAGGAAGCCAAAGCCGAAGAAGAGAUGUCGCCAUUGGAGAAUGAUGAAAAUGCUUCUCGCUGGAGAAAGGCGAUUAAACGUGUCAAAUACUGUUAUGAAACACAAACUCCGUUUCUCUAAAUUGUUCUUAUUUCA